UGUGAAUUCCCCGCAACAGAGCUCCCCCCAACCCCACACUCUUCACCCCGGAUUUACCCAGGUGCUUCGGCACGACUCUCGACGACUAGCUCCAAGCGUGUCAUUAAAGCUUUUUUUAUCCUUGGCUUCUCGUUGCGUUUCUUGCCUUGUUCAUCACCAUACGCUUGUUUUGUACACUUCCUCGCCUGACACUGUAGGAUACCAGAUUGAGCACGACUGCCAGCACAACACACCAAGACCAGUGUAAGACAACAGACACCAAGACAAGAUGGCACCCUCCGGCCCCAUCACAACACCCAUAACCCAACUCCUGGGCAUCAAACACCCAAUCCUCCUCGCCGGCAUGGCCCGCACCUCGGGCGGUCCCUUGGCCGCAGCCGUCUCCAACGCAGGCGGCCUAGGCGUCAUCGGCGGCUUCCAGUACACCCCCGACCAACUCCGCGAGAUCAUCGCCGAGAUGAAGGCCAAUUUCAAGGCCCCCGAUCUCCCCUUUGGCGUAGACCUCGCGCUGCCGCAGGUCGGCGGGAACGCGCGCAAGACGAACCACGAUUACACGGGCGGCAAGCUCGACGAGCUGAUUGACAUCACCAUCGCCUCGGGCGCGCGGCUGUUUGUGAGCGCGGUCGGGGUGCCCCCCAAAGACGUGAUUGAGAGGUUGCACGGGGCGGGGAUCUAUGUCAUGAACAUGGUGGGACAUCCAAAGCAUGCGGUGAAGGCGCUCGAGUUGGGGGUUGAUAUCGUGUGUGCGCAGGGCGGGGAGGGAGGGGGCCACACGGGGGACGUGGCGAAUUCGGUGCUGAUCCCCGCGGUGGUGGACGUCGCGAGGCGGUAUCGCCCACCGAUGCUCAAGGGGUCGACGGCGCUUGUCGUUGCCGCGGGCGGGAUGUAUAACGGGAGGAGUCUGGCGAGUUCGUUGAUGCAGGGGGCCGUGGGCGUGUGGGUUGGCACGCGGUUCGUGGCGAGCGUGGAGGCGGGUUGUAGCGAGGAGCACAAGGAGGAAGUUGUGUCGUGCGGGUUUGAGGGGACGGAGAGGACGCUUGUGAUUAGUGGGCGGCCGUUGAGGAUGAAGACGAAUGAGUAUAUCCGGGGGUGGCAUGCGCGGCCGGAGGAGAUUAGGAGGUUGACGGAGGGCGGGACGGUGCCGAUUGAGUUUGAUUUUGAGCAGGGGAGGGAGGAUAUUGAGAUUCCGCAUUUGAUGGGGCAGGUUGCUGGUGCGAUUGACAGGAUUCAGCCGGCGGGGGAGAUUGUGGAGGAGAUGGUCACGGAGGCGGUUGAGCAGUUGCGGCUUGGGGAGGUUUAUCUUGGGGGACGGAGUAGGCUUUGAGAUGUGGUGUACGAUGUUGUACGAGUUGAGAAUUGACUACAUAUGAAAUGGGUAUUGUGAUGUCGUGUCGGAUAAGAUCAUUACGCUUCAUCCUCGUCCUCCGUCUCCGUCUCUGGGAAACCUAGACAAACUCCCCCACACGGAUCCGCGUGUUCCCCCACCCCUCCGCCAACGUCCUGACCUCCUCC